AUGGAGGCGGUCGGCGCCGCUGCCAACAUCAUCGCGGUCGUCGAUCUCGCGGCCAAAAUCACCUCGAUAUUGUUCCAGUACUCCAAAGACGUCAAGGAUGCUCGCGGUGAUGUGGAACGCCUCAGUCAGGCGGUAGCGCACUUGCGAAAGGCAGCCCAAGGCGUGAGACACCUGUUGGAGAAUCAGAAUGGGGAGAGGUUGAAAACGUCUCAAGACUUGGUUGUCGUCAUUAGACAAGCCGAAGAGCAAUUACAGAAGCUGGACAGCCGACUCGAGCCAAGUCCGGGACGUCAGGCAAUGAAACGGUUCGGCUUCCGCGCCUUGAAAUGGCCAUUUCAAAGCAGCGAGGCACAAAAGCUCGUAUCGGAUAUCGAAAGAUGCACGCAGACUAUGAACUUUGCGUUGCAAAUUGACCAAACUGACAUUAUCCUGAAUGUCGAACAUAGAGUGCUGCUUGACAAGCUGCCGGUGGCAUCCGGCGCCGCAUUCGAUUCCUACGAGGAAGGGCGGAAUCCGACAUGUCUGCCAAAUACCAGAGUAGACCUACUCCAGCAACUAUCAACGUGGGCAGAUGACCCGGAGUCAGAGGCGAUAUUCUGGCUUAAUGGCAUGGCAGGAACGGGAAAAUCCACAAUAUCUCGUACCAUAGCUAGGGACCUGGCCAGAAAGGGCCGGCUAGGAGCCAGCUUCUUUUUUAAAAGAGGUGAAGGUGACCGAGGGAAUAUGGCUCGUUUCGUGACAUCAAUCGCUGCGGAUGUUGUAGCCAGAGAAACAGGAAUAUCUCAGCAUGUGAAAAAGACGCUGGAUGAAUAUCCUGGAAUAGUGAAGAAGACACUCAAGGAACAAUUCGACAAACUUAUCUUCCAACCAUUCUCAAAGCUUCCGAAUCGGACUGGCGAGCCCAUUGUUCUGGUCGUGGAUGCCUUGGACGAGUGUGAGAACGACGAUGAUAUUCGCACCAUGAUCGAGUUAUUUUCUACAGCAAAAAAGUUGCGAAAUUUACAACUAAAAACAUUUCUCACAAGCCGACCAGAGCUACCGAUCCGACUAGGCUUCCAUGCGAUCAAGGGCAAAUACCAAGAUCUAAUUCUGCAUGACAUACCGCUGUCCAUUAUCGAGCAUGACUUGCAGGUUUUUCUUGAGUACAAAACCUCAGAAAUUCGCGAUGAAUAUAAUGCCACAGUGUCGAAAGACAGACAACUUACCCCAGAUUGGCCGGGCGAACUGAAAAUCAGGUCGCUGGUCCAUAUGGCAGUACCACUUUUCAUUUUUGCCGCCACUACUUGUCGGUUCCUUGCCGACAGAAGAUGUGGCAGUCCCAGUAACCAGCUAGAGACCGUUCUUCAAUAUCAGACGAAAAGCCAGGAAUCAAAGCUUGAUGCAACAUACUUGCCUGUUUUAGAACAACAGUUGGUUGGUCUUUCAAACAGAGAAAAAACUCAAGUUCUGAGCCAAUUUCGAUUGGUCAUAGGGUCCAUCAUCAUCCUGGCAAGACCGCUUUCUACUUCAGCACUGGCAGGCAUUCUUUUCGUCGAGCAGGAGACUGUCGAUGCUCGGUUGGAUUUGCUUCAUUCAGUCCUCAGCGUACCAACCUCGAGCGAGGAGCCGGUGAGACUGUUCCAUUUAUCCUUUCGAGACUUCUUGCUGGAUCAAGACAAGCGUGAUAAUCAUGCGUUUUGGAUUGAUGAAAGAGACUCUCAUAGGACCUUGGGAAGAAACUGCCUUACUUUAAUGGAUAAACUUAAGGAAGACAUUUGA